UCAGAUGUUGUGCUGCUUGCACUGGGCAUCCUGUCCCUCUGGGUGGACAAAGAAUAACUUUCCUUAAAAAAAAAAAAAAAAAAAAGGGUUUCUUAAAGAAUAAACUUAUGUACGUGCAGACCCCAUUUAAUAUGUAUACUUGGAACUGAUCACCGUGAACCAUGUGGGAGAGCAGUGGAAGAUUCCAGCUCAGGGUGUGGAUUGUCUACUCUUCUUAAUCAUUCUUAGGGAAAAGGUCUCACAGCAAUAUAAACAGCUAUACUGACUACUCUCCUCUACAUUGGUUACAGAAAUCUCACCUUAGGGCAAUAGAAAGUUGGACAGAGUGAAUGUUUCAAAUUUAAGCCAGUGAUGAGGAAAAGACUUUAUUUUCCCAUCCCUACUAAAGUCUGAUCUCUGGUCUCUGUUUCAAAGCUGUGGUUUAGAGCAGACCUUUCAAAAGCAGUGGUUUAUGUGAACUUUCUCACAUCUUCGUCUAGAUUCUUAAAAUUUUACGAAGCCUCUAUUUGUUACUGUCUCCCUCAGCAGAUCUUAUCUGCAUCUUUACCCUUCCCACUCCCUUUUUUUGGAACAGAGAUUCUUAAAAACAAGGCCUCCAUUGCUUCUUUAAAGGUCGACUCUGAAGGUGGGAAUAGGAAAAGAGAAUAACAGCCGCUGAUGUUACACAGCCAGGUCACAAAUGCAUGUUUUCUUUGAUACAUUACAGACAUUAUAAACAACAUAGGAUGACUACUGUGUUGGUCGGUGUCAUCACCAGUUGUAGUGGAUCCAGGUCAUUAAAAGAAGCCUUAUCAGUUGCUGCUUGGACUUAGACUUUCAAUAUGAAUUUACCGUGACUUCCUACCAGCACAGAGGCAAAGGAAAGACUAGAUCAGGUGCCGCUAUUGUGCAAGAUCCUUGUUUCAUUUUGGAGCUGUAAUACACAGCUCAGCCUAAGUGGUUCAUUCACUGCUCCUGGGAGCAAGCUAAAUACUCUUAGGAAACACAACUAGCUGUUCAUAAAAACAAGCAACAGUAGCACAACACAUCAAGGGCCCACUUUGGUACUGACCCAUUAACUUAAUGUGCUCAGGUUGUUAGGCAUUUGGGAUAGGUACUUUGUACCACAGCUGCGGGCACAGUUAAAUAUAAAACCAUGCAGAUGACAGAGAUCUCAUACAGAAUCAAAACUGGCACCAAAAUGUUUAGGUCUAAUGAAAAGACCACCUUGACUUUAGUGGGCUUUGAAUCAAAUUCACUUAUAUGUGGAGUCUGGUUGAACUAUUUUUGAAACAAUAUUCCUAGUUUUGCAAUGAACCAAGUACAAUAUUUGUAUUGGGUUUUGGUCAGUGGGGUUGUUUGGUUUUUUGUUUUUUGGUGAAGGAAGAGCUCUACUUUGAAUUUUCUUUUCCCCAGUCUCUCACAGGUGAUUUAUGCCUUCAGCUCUUAACAAGUCUGGAUGUAGAUAUGAAAGACCUAAAACACCUGAGAAAUGAAACCAAAGAAAGUCGCAAACCUCCAGCUGUCAGCAUGUGACGGGUGUCAAUUACACAACACAAAUGCAUAAUGCAAGUAAGCUGAAAAAUGGCUUCACAACACAGAGCAGUGCUUCGCUCUCUUAGUAAUCAUGUGGGAUACUUUUAUAUCACCUUUGGAAAUCAGAUGUGGGCAAAAACUUCUUGUGGAUUCCAUGCCAUUCCAAAGGCAAAGCACCUCUCCUGUCAGAGGAUGCAGGAAAAAUUGCACAGGCAGAACCACAGUUUAUUCCCAGCGGCUGAAAACCCCAAAGACACCAGAGUGGUCACACAGUGGCAGCCCAGCUUUAAGACACAAAGAACGAAGAGCAAGCAAGCCCUCCCUGUGCAUUUCCCUCAGUGCUCUAUGUGGGCCCACGUCUCUUCUGCCCAACACCCUCCAUACCCUCAAUGAUGUAUGUGUCUGCAGACACCGCUGCGGAGCCAGAAAUACAGCCUGAGAUCUUUGCAGUAAUUCCCCCUUCCCAUGCUAGUGGCAGAGAGGGAUAAAGAACCCCAGGGAGGAAGAGAAGAGCUGGUGCUUCCUUGGGACCUGAACUCCCUCAGGAAACCAUGCCUACACAGCCAGCCCUACAAACUGCAGAAGACAAACCCCACAUACCACUGAGAUGGGUGGCAACACAGACGACAGUGGAUGCUACAAAAGGCCUGUCAGACGAUACCACAGAUGACACUGGAAAAAUAACACUUCCAAGUACUUUCCUACCUGUGACAGCUUCUAACCAAACCAUGAAUGAUGGGACUGAAACUCUGAUUUUCUCUGUGGUCCUGAAGAAGACCAUCAGUAUGACACCUUCUUGGUCUCAAGCAUGUUUUAGAUAAUGUAUUUAAUUAAAAAUAUUUUUAAUACAUACAAGAUGCCUCUGUGGUAGAGAAACUUUAAUAUACCAUGGAGUUCAUAUUUCUGUUAGGGUGGGAGAAAUGUAAUAUAAAGCAAAUACUGUAAAGCAGUGAAGGCUUUAUGUCAAUUUUAUGUGCCACAGCAUUCUUCAGCAAAAAUGUAUAGAUCAAGAAGAACAUUAAAGAAAACAAAGUAACACAAGCACAAGGUCUUCAACUGGACUGUAUCCUCAGUUUUUUCAGAGGUUUCUCUGCUGUCACAGAGUACUACUGCUGGCAGCAUGUAAGCUGUUAUGAUUUCCUCCAGGCACUGAAUUUGGCAUGCAGCUCUAGAAGAGACAGGCUCAAGGAAGAAGUGCCCUAAUGAAGACAGCGUUGCUCAGUGAGAGAAGAAAUUACAUGCCUCUCUGUGUCCAUGUAAAGGCUAAAGGUGUCACUGCGUGAGCCAAACAAAUGGAGAAACCACGUCAUUCUUCAGGCAAACACUGGGUCUUCGUGGUAAAGACAUGCUAAUGUCCAAGAUAAGUCAACAUGACCCACCAAUUCCCAGCGCUGUCUCCAGAGCAGAAGAAAGCUCUUUCAGACAUUGCUCAGCGGAUUGUGGCUUCAGGAAAGGGGAUCUUAGCUGCAGAUGAAUCAGUGGGUACCAUGGGGAAUAGGCUGCAGAGGAUCAAUGUGGAGAACACAGAGGAGAAUCGCCGGGCUUUUCGAGAGAUCCUCUUCUCUUCAGAUGCUUCCAUCAACCAGAGCAUUGGGGGAGUGAUCCUCUUCCAUGAGACUCUCUAUCAGAAAGACAGCAGUGGAAAGCCAUUUCCAGCUCUCAUCAAAGAAAAAGGCAUUGUGGUGGGAAUAAAGCUGGAUAAAGGCACAGCACCCCUAGCAGGAACAAAUGGAGAAACCACCAUCCAAGGGCUGGAUGGACUGGCUGAGCGCUGUGCUCAGUACAAGAAGGAUGGUGCUGACUUUGGCAAGUGGCGUGCAGUGCUGAAGAUCACCAGCACAACACCCUCUCAACUCGCCAUCCAAGAGAAUGCCAACACAUUGGCACGCUAUGCCAGCAUCUGCCAGCAGCAUGGCUUGGUGCCCAUUGUGGAGCCAGAAAUCUUGCCUGAUGGAGACCACGACCUCCAGCGCUGUCAGUAUGUCACAGAAAAGGUUCUGGCUGCCGUCUACAAGGCCUUGAAUGAUCAUCAUGUGUACCUGGAAGGGACAUUGCUGAAACCCAACAUGGUGACGGCUGGACAUUCCUGCCCCAAGAAGUACACCCCUCAGGAUGUAGCCGUGGCAACUGUCACUACUCUUCUCCGCACCGUUCCUGCUGCCGUUCCUGGAAUCUGCUUCCUGUCUGGAGGUCAGAGUGAAGAGGAGGCUUCUGUCAACCUGAACGCCAUGAACCAGUCCCCUCUGCCUAAGCCUUGGAAACUGACCUUUUCAUACGGGAGAGCCCUGCAAGCCUCUGCCCUGGCAGCGUGGGUGGGCAAAAGCGAGAACAAGAAGGCAGCACAGGAGGCUUUCCGCAAGCGGGCACAGAUUAACAGUUUGGCUUGCAGAGGACAGUAUGUCAUGUCUGGGAAGACUGACACAGCUGCCAUGCAGUCACUUUUCACUGCCAGCUACACCUACUGAAAGCACAGGAACCUUCCUUCGUCCUGUGCCUUUUCACAAGGUGGAAGAUAUUCAGAAAUUAAAGAAAAACAAAGAAAUCUAAUUUCCCUUACCCUAAACAAAACUGGAGAUAAAAUGGAUUAGCUUCCUCUCCACCCUUCACUCCUACAGUUUACCAUGGGGAUAUUCUCAUUUCAUCUGCCCAUUCCAAGGAAGGGGAGUUAUUUUCAUACAACAAACAACAGCUGCCAAUGAAUCAUAAACCCAGUCUUCUUCUGGUUUAAACGUAGCCCCCAGAAUAGUAGGAAGAUUAAGUAGUUCUUUAGCAAUUCAAAUACAUACCCUUGCCCAUUACCACAUUUUGCAGCCAAAAUCCUGAAUUACAAAACCUGACUGUGUCUUCAAUCAUAGGAAUAAAACAGUAAUUGAAAACUAA